AUGACUGAAACCCCAAAUAUCUCUCCUUACUUUGCGUGCUCAGCAAAUGCCUUGACCAGACUGGUUCGACUUUACGACGACGAGAGAAAUGGAGAACCCAAGAUGACAUCUGCGGACAUUGUGCCAGAAAUAGAAGAGUGGUUAGCCAGACAAGGCUUCACUAAGGACGAGGAUAUCCUUGAACUCGAAGAAGCGGGAACCUCCCUAGUACAUGCUUGCUUGAUGCUGGCACAAGAACUGCCAAGAUGUCCAGCGCAGUACAAAGCUUCCAGAGGGUCGAAAGUAAUACCACCGUUAGUCCGCAAGCCUGGAGUAACUUAUGAUCCAGACCAAAGAGGACUUGUGAGAAAGCUUUACCAGCGUGUCAACUGUUCUAAAGAAAUACAGGAUGAGCCUGCCAAGGUAUUUGAGGCCUCGAGUAUAGAGGCUCAAAAUACUACUCCCCAGAUCCUUGAUAAUGAGGUGGAGUUGGAUGAUAUAAUUCAACAUUUGGAAAUAUCGGAACAAGACCAGAUAGAGGCCUCAGAGAUUGUCAAGACCGAUGAAGGGUUCUGUCUGGCUGUAGCUUCAAACGACCUUGGCCGGUCUCACAGGCGAUACUUGUGGUCAGAUAAUUCCCAGAGUAUGAGGGUGGACCGUCUUCGAGAAAGCCUUUUGGCAGGCCGAGAAUUCAAGGCCGGGUGGAGAGACGGGUGUAUCCAUGUACACGUACACACAACAAUGCGCUUGUCUGUGGUAGCACCGAGAAAAGAAUUCUCAAGAGUACUUGUCCAAGUCGAAUUAACCGAAAACGAAAGACAUCCUCAGGUUUGGGCAGUCCAAGCUCGAAAUGAUGAGCCUGCCUCCCGUCUUGCCUUCAAAAUAACUAUUAUUUAUCCUGGAGGGCAAGAGGGAGAUGAAGUUGUUCUGUACCCUCAAGACAGGUACGCUGCCGCACCUUAUAAAGCAAAUGGGUUCGUAGACUGGAUAAAUGGGGACAAUCCCGAAGCUAUAGCUUCUAGACCUCGUAGACAUCUCCAUAUCCCAAAUAUUGCUGAAGGUGUACCUGAACACCUCAAACAAUUCAUUGGUGGCGGAUACACGGAUGAUAAGGCGCAGGGUUUUAAAUUGUUUCAUGAUAUAACUCGAAAUGGAAGUGUUCAGCUCACCUGUGCGCGGAUUUGA